CCUUAAACAAAAAUUUGCGUAUUAGAGUUUUCUUCACCGAAAACCUGAACAAAAUAUGAUGGUAAUACAGUAAACAAGAAAAACUCAUAAAUUGGAAUUAAUCUGUUACAAAUUAGUUGACGUUACUUUCCCUCUAAUUCUUCUUUAAAAGAAAAGCAUUUCAUUUUAUGCCCAUUUGAGCGAUCGAAUUCAAAUAGACCGCGCAAAAUCGAUUUUUGAAAAAAAGGGAUGGAAUUAAUACAUUCAAACAAAGAGAAUGCUCAAUAUUCUUUGUUACAUUCUUCUAAUGAAAAUUGUAACAAUGAUGUAAUUGAUACUGAAAAAGAUGUGAAUAUUGUAAUAAGACUUGGGGAAGAGUUACAACGACGUAUUGGUAUAUUACCGAAAGUGGAAAAUUACACUUUAAUGUUGCCGAAUGUUCCAGGGAAAUUAAUACAAAUGUUAUGCGUGAAACCAAAAUCCUAUACAGAGAUAUCACGAACAGUAAGAGCAGCAAGAACAAUGAAGUUGACGGUGCGUGCUUGUGGUGAACAAUCUGCUUAUAAUUUAUUUGUCUAUGGGAACAACGGAACUGUACUAAUCGACUGUACACAGUUAGCUGAUUCACCCAGACUUGAAUUUACUACUGUAAAACGUAAAGAUACUACUAAUACUACGGAAAAAGAAAUAAAUGGAUUAAAAAUUUUAUCAUGUGUUACAAUACAAGAAUUAAUCGAUUAUCAAAUUAGUCAUAAUAUUGAAAUUAGCCAAACUAUUGAAACAUGUUCAAUAUGGGGUACAGUUGUCGGUGCAUUGACGUCUACCCAGCCAGGUUUAGUUGGACCUGGAGGUAGCGCAUUGGGUGGUUGUUUAACCGAUGAAGUGAUAGCUAUCCGUAUUGUUGAUUGUCAUGGAGAUUUAAUUGAAUACACAGAUGAGAAUGCAGUGAAAGCAGCUGUGUCGAAUUUAGGCCUUUUAGGCGUUGUUUAUGAUGUAACCCUACGAUAUAGUUCGAUUACAUUGUCAAAAGUGAAUUAUCGAUUUUGCAAAUGGUCUGAUAUAUUGGAUAAUGAAAAGACAAUACUCAAAGAUGCUAUAAUCAAUGAUCAAUCAAUUGAAUUGAUUUAUUUACCAUAUAACAGUUGCCGUACUAUUUCAGAUAAACAAUUAAGUAAUCCACAGACCACCACGGUUGACGAAGGCGCCGGUAAAAUCAACGAUAACGAUGUUGUGUCCGACGAAGAGGAUGAUGAUGAUGGUGAUGAGAAUGUACAAUUGGAUUUGAAGUCAUGGAAUAAUGAACAAGAUGAAGUACUUAUACGUACAACUCAACGUUUAUCCUCAUACAACAGUAACAGUAAGCCAGGAGAUCCUAAUACACCUGCAGCUACUGUUGAUGAUAACAAAGAAAAUACUGAUCCCAUGUUGAUUUAUGAAUCUGAACCGAAAGAAUUUGUUUACCUGUUAGAUCAAGUGUUUGGACCGCUUGUCAGUGAAUUUAUUGAACAACCAAGCAAUACACCGAAAUUGUUGAAAAGAGCUCAUAAAUACUUAAAAUAUAAAUAUUGUCCAAAACCAACAGUUAUUCAGUAUACACCAUGGGCAUUGAAUUCAUUUGGGAAAUUUAAAGAUCCUUUUCGAAUAUUAAAAUUUACUAUGGAAACAGAUUAUGAUUUGAAUCGAUUUAUACUGGCAGUUUAUACAAUUCUUGACGUCCUUUACAAAUUAACCGGUGAUCAACUACUGUCAACUGGAGGAUCAAAUAAUAAUAAUUUCUCAGUUAAUCUUGGCUUACGUAUACAAUUCACACGUGGUACAAAAAACGGGUAUUUAAUGGGUAUUGGAUUAGAAGAUGAUAAUGAAUUACAACACUCAGAUCGUCAACAGUUACUCCUGGCGCAUAUCACAUUCAUGGGUUUAACUUCACCUGGACCGAACACACUGUGGAAUGAUGCUGCUAGUCAAAUUACAAUGACAAUGUUAACUAAAAUACCAACAUGUAUGCCACAAUGGAAAACCGAGUGGCAUACUAAAGAGCUUUUAUUCAAUAAGUUUCGUGAAGCCUUAAAAGAACAAGCAGAACCAUUGAAAAAACUAAUCGCUAUUGCUGAUCGUGAUGGAAUGUUUUUAAAUGAACAUCUUGCAUCUAUAUUAUAUGAUAAAUUAACAUUUUAUCAAAAUUUAUAUCGAUCACAAAGAGACAAUUAUCUUUUAACAAUUUAA